UUGUCACUAUUCCUUCGACCAGUUCCAUUGGCAACUGGCCAAUGGCAAAACAUAUCAUUCGAAGUUCCGAUUUUGGUUGAUCUAUCCAUGGAAGUCCCAAUUCAUAUGAAUAUUCUUUAUUUCACCGAAAUCAGUUGGAUUCUCAUGGCUCUGUUCACAAUGACCUAUUUCACCUAUUUUCUUCACCUCAAUUCGAUUUUCCAUCAAAAUUUGAUAUUUUUACUGGGUCUUGAGAUGGUUUUCUAUUUUUUCGCGUGUUUUUCGAGGAUUUAUCUGAUUUUUGUGCAACUCAAAUAUAUCACAGGUUGAGUUAGGAUAACUUUUUUGAAUUAUUUAGGCUAAUCCAAAAAAUUUAGCAGAUUUCGACACGGUCUAUUUCUUCUUAUCAGGAUAUUUUCGAUUUCAACACUACGGGUUAGCAAUUUGUGUAAUUCCAGCGAUUGCAGUUGAAAGAUCAUUUGCCACAUAUUACGUGGCAGAUUAUGAAUCAAAAAACCGCCCAUUAGUUACCCUAACUUGCCUACUUUAUUUAUAUCUACACUCACAAAUAUUUUCAAUUCCAAUUUUUCUUUUACAACCACCUUUAUUAUUCACUAUGCUAUUUGCAGCCAUUUCCAUGAGUUUCUCAAAAAUUAUCCUUACUUUUUUGAAAAAUUUUAAUUUGGCGGAAUUUAGAAAAUUGAGCUGGAAAGCUGAAAGACAUGAGAUAAAUUAUACGAUUGGCAAAAAGUUUCAGGUUGAGGAAAAUUUGCGAGUUAUGUGGGUUAGUGCAAACACCGCGACGCACAAAUGCACACGUUUUUCAUUUUCAGUUUCUCCGCGGGCUCAGUUUAAUGUUCCUAAUUCUUAUAAUAAUAGUGAUAUUCGUCAUGAUAAUUCCCCUAGUAGUUCUUGGUCGAAAAACUGCUUACGCACAAUUUAUGAUCGCUAUGUUUGAUUAUAUACUCGCAAUGUAAGUAAUCACACCUUUAUUUAAUUGUUUCUUUAAUUUUUGCAGGGCUGGAGUUGUCGUUCCCAUUAUUUGCUUGAUAUUUUUGAGAAAAAAGAAGAAUUUGCCAAUUUUUGUAAGCCUAGAAUUUGUUUUUUUUUUUCAAAUUCCUUUUUUUGCAGAACAAAAUCAGGUGUUUUCAAAGAACCCACACAAAUUUCAAGCAAAUUACACCCGCCAAUUUAACGUAUCUCAACACCGAAACAUAUUUUGACCAACUUCAAAACUCUUGGAAAAUUUGAUCUACCCGCGAAACAUUUUUGGUUUUUCAACAACAAAAAAAAAAUUUUUUUUCUUGGCGAGCCGAAAAAUCAGUCACCUUCAGUUCUCUGCUCGAAAAGAAAAAUCGACGAAAAAUGGCGAAUAUGAUGGCGAUGAUUGAAAAAUUCGGUGAAUUGAUGAAUCUUGGAGCAUGCAUCGAUUUUUUGCCCGUUUUUCAAUGUGAAGCAAUGCUGGAGGAUUUCGCCAAGAUCAAGUGAGUUCAUCUCGACGAGAUGGUAUUCUUGAAAUUUUCUGAAAUUGCCUCUAACAUGCUGAAAACGUUCCCGCGCGCUGAAAAAAAAUAAAAAUGAAUUUUUCUUCUGCAAACACCGUGACGCGCAAAUGCACACAUGUUGUAUUACCGUAGUUUGAGGCCGCGCAAAAAUUGUUUUUUUUUGUCUUCCGCUAGCGCUACGAAAAGCCUGUAAAAAAACGAAUUUCCGGAAUUCCAGACGUCAAGAGAAAUCGCCAACCACUCCAGUCUACCUAGCAACUUCUCUCAUCUGGCGACAUCAAUCAGCAUCCGGAGAAAUUCCCGAAAAAAGCUUCAUCGAUGUCCGCUUCUCACCCAAAUACUAUUAUCAAUUGAUUUUGACACAAUCAUUAGAGCAAGGCAAACCAAUCACAACUCUUGUUCGCUUUAUCAAUCGCGAGAAUUGUGAGAAUAUUAUUGAUGCUCGUCCAGCGGUUGAAGUUGCUCAUGAAUGGGUUGCUGGACUUUUGCGAUUGUUCAAUUAUGCUAACAUUGAUAUUGCACCAGUAAGUGAUUCUGCUGGAUUUUAAGACCCCAAAAAUCAAUAUUCUGUUUUUUUCCAGCCAUGCAUCAAUCUUCUAAAAGCUGAACUCAAAGCAGAAGGCCAAAACGUGACAAUUCGCGGAUAUUGGGAUUCGAGAGAAUUGGGCAUUGUUGAGAGUUGGUUGGGUGGUUUCAAACUCAUCCAAUUUUUGACUCUUUAUGGUGGUCCAUCAGCGGCUCAAGUCAAACAUUCGAAAAUUUUGAGUAGUGCGCAUGGUGUUACUGUUCACGGUUUAUCGGAUAUUGAUGAUGAAGCUUUGUUGCUUACACAUGGUCCACUUCUUUAUGUUUAUGGAACUACUUUGAAGAAUGUCACUGGAUGUGGACUCAAUGAUCUUCUUACGGUAAGUUUUUGGGAAUUUGAAGACUGCAGGGGCUAUUAUCGAAAAUCUCAUCGGUACCACGCGCUCCAACACGCAACGCAGACCGCGUCGCGCCACAACACACACAAAAAAGGGAGGGAAUUUCAUGAAUCGUUCCCUUUUUUGUGUGUGUUGUGGCGCGACGCGGUCUGCGUUGCGUGUUGGAGCGCGUGGUACCGAUGAGAUGUUCGAUAAUAAGUUAGCUUAACUUCCACAAAAUCUCCAUUUUUUUGCAGAGUUUCAAAAAAUUGCCCAACUACAAACGAGAAAUCCAUCUCGAAGGAUGUUUGGAGCCAAAUUUCCAACAGCGAAUCAUUGAACAUUUCCGCUCGAAAAAUUUGCUCAGAUUUUGCACUUUUAACGUGGAAUUGAAUGAAAUGCACUUGGAAUGCAAAGAAGGUGACCAUCUAUUAACGGUUGAAACACAUCAAAACAAGUGUUAUAUCAAAUUUAUCAGUGAGAAAGAAGAGAAAGAGGAGGAAAAGGAAAGAAAGGAGAGAGAGAAGGAAAAGAAUAGAAAAAAGUAA